CUACAGGGACCUCAUGACGUACGAGAACGUCGUCGCGGUCUCCGGGGGGCUCUUCCCCCUCUCGGCGGUGAUGUCGCACGGGGUCGUGCGGGCGAGGACGGCAUGGGACCUCAACGUGCGGGACGAGCCUGUGGACCCCACUGGGCAGACGUUCCGGAACGAGGUGCGGAGCGCCUUCGCGUUCGGCACGAUGCUGCAGGAGCUCUACCUCACGGCCUCGCUGCUACAGCCGCGCCACUGGGACGACCUGGUCGCCGCCGCGGCCUGGGCCGGGUCGCAGGCGCCGUCGCUGGUGGACGCCCACUGGCUGGGCGGCAGCCCCGGGGAAGGGCCCUACGGGUGGGCGGGCCGCUCGGCGCGGGGCGGCUUCCUGGGGCUGCGCAACCCGCUGCCGAGGCCGGCGAGCAUCUCCCUGGACGCCGGGGCCCUGCGGGAGGGCCUCGGCGCGGGGGAGCGGCCGCGCGCGGAGGCGGGCGCGCAGGGGUGCGUCUGGACGCGGUACGACGGCACGGCCUCGCAGGGCGCCGCGGUGGGCGCGGGCGAGGCCCUGGACGCGCAGCGGGCCCAGAGGGAGUGCGCGGAGCUGGGCGCCGCGUGCGGCGCGGUGACCUGCGCGGGGCGGCGGUGCACCGCGCGGGCCGCUUCGGCGCUGCGGAAGUCGCCCUCGGAGGUCUCCUACCUGCGGGUCUGCGACGGGGGGGCCCUGCUGCUGGCCUCCUACGGGGACCAGCGGGUCCUGAUGCUGGCCCUCGGCUCCGCGCGCACGGAGGUGGAGCUGGGCCCCUUCGAGGUGCUCGUCUUCGACGAGGGCAGCGGCGCGAAGGCGGCGCCCGCGAGAUCCGAGGAGGAGGAUGAGGAGGAGGGGGGCUCGCAUGAGUUCUUCCUGCAGAAUGUCCAGACCGGCCGCUGCCUGCACACGAAGGCAGGCAGGGCACAAGCAGGAGGCGGGCUGGUGUUCUACCAGGGCUGCAGCGGCCGCAAGAACGUGUUCCGAAGAGUCCCCACCGGCGACCGCAACGUAUACCCCACCUUCUUCUUGAUGAACGUCCAGACGGGCCUCUGCCUGCACACCCAGGCAGCCGAGGCGAAGCCCGAAGGCAAGCUCGUCUACUGGGAGGGCUGCUCCGGGGAGAAGAACAAGUUCUGGAAGGUGCCUAGCGGCGACGCCGACGGAUCUUUCUACCUGAGGCACCUCGAGACGGGGCUGUACCUGCACACGCAGGCCCCCGAGGCGCAGGACGGCGUCGAGCUGGUUUUCUGGGAGGGCGCCGGCGGCGAGAAGAACCGCUUCGCCGAGGUGGCCGCGGACGCCGGCGGGGAGCCGCCGGAAGGGCGCCGUGCCGAGCUCUGAGCGGACCGCCCCCCCGCCCCCGCGCGGCGCGCCCGACAUGGCGGGCCUCCGCGCCCGCGCGCC